AGAUAACCAAUCAAUAAAUCAUCGAAUUGAAUUUCAGUUUUUUUGUCUGUUUAUUCGUGUUUUUUUUUAAAUUUCUGGCUCAAUCUUUUAUUUUGUGUGUCAUCAUCUAUUUUUCAUUCUUUCUGCUAUUUUUUUUUUUUUUUUUUUUGGUUUCGAUUUUUUUUUGCUGUUUAGCACAGAAUUGAUUAUUAUCCAUUGAUAUAGGUAUCCCGGAGAUGAAUACAAGCCUCAAAGGUCUAGUGCUGCUGCAAAAGUGUAUCCAAAGGCUUCACGCUUCGAUCCAGGGCUUAAGCCAACAAGUGCACUAUUACCUGGUCGCAAAUAUUGUUGUUGUUGUUGUUGUGGUUUUCGUCGUAGUCGUCGUCGCUGUUUCGCUUACCACAUUGCGGCCAGUAAUAAUAAUUCGACGAUUAAACGUCGAAACAUCAGUAAAAGCAGCAUCAACAGCAGCAGCAACAACAACAAAAGAAUCAGCAACUUUUGUAUUAUUGGCAGCAAUAAUCAUAAAAACAGCAGCAACAAAAACAUUAACUGCCGGCAACGACAACUACGAUAAUCCUUAUUAUUCGGAUCUCAUUUCACAUCAAGCAUCACCAGAAGCAGCAGAUUGAAGAAUACGAAUCAAAUAAACAAGAGAAAGAAAUAUCUGGAUGGAAAUUAGGUACUGAAUUCUUAAUUGUUUUUCUUUCAAACAAACAAAACGAAUGCUGUGGCACUGGUAAUAAUCCAACAACAGGAAAAAAAAUUUAACCUUUUUUUUGUGGAACAUAUCUUACAUAUAAAAGCUUUAAAAAGCUGUAAGCAAUCAAUUGAUCGAUCGAAUGAAUUGUGCCCAUAUCAUUGUGCAUUGUGAUAUAUAUAUAUAUUUGAAAGAAGAAAUAACGGGAUUAAGGAAAAAAACCGAUAAUCCAAUUUGUUUUUGUUAUUUAUAUCGCUUUUAAUAAUAUCACCUCUCAAAGAAACCAACAGCAGCAGCCAAAGCAGUCAGAAUGGAAAGUUGUAAUUCAAGACAAGGAUUGCUGUUAAAAUCAUUUUCAGCAAAUAGUGAUUUUAGUGAUGAUUAUCAUCAAUCACAAAUCAUCAAUAAUAAUGACAAUGUGCCACAAAUUUGUCUUGAUAAUUAUGGAUCUUCGGAUAUUACCAGUAAUGGUGGUGAUGGUGUUCAAAGUAUUGAUGGUGUAACAACAUCAACAUCAACAACAACAUCAACGACUGCAGAUACAGGUCCGGCAAAAUUUUUUAUUGGUGAUGGUGAUGAAACCAUGACGGUAUCAAGUCAUCAAUCAAAUUCAAUAGGAAAAUUGGCAAAUUCACGAGAAUUUGAUAAAAGUUCUUGUUCAUCAAAUGAAGAUGAUGAUCAUAUGGCAACAAUGAAACAAUCAAAUACUGAAUCGACAAUCAUUAUAAUGGAUCAAUCACCAUCAUCAUCACCAUUGCCAAUUGAUCCAUUUGAUAUGAUUAUGGCUAAAGGUAAUGAUUCAACAUUAAUCGAUGAUGAUGAUGUUAUGAUCAAUGAACGAUUACAUUUCUUAACAAAUUGGCCCGAUAAUAUUGGUCGCACGAAUUUACCAGUAGUAGGUGGUGGUGGUGGUCCAUUGACAGACAAACAUUUCGUUGAUGAUCAACAUGAUAAUAAUGAAAAACAACAUCAUCAACAUGGUGGUAUUGGAUCUAGUUGGCAGAUAUUCAUGGCGGUUAUGAUUGCAGCAAGUGGUAAUUUUAUUGCCGGCCUAAUACUUGACAAUAGUAAAUCAUGGAAUGUAUUUCUUUAUACACCUGAAUUAUAUUAUCUUGUGCCGAUAUUGUUGAGUUUAAAAGGCAAUCUUGAAAUGACAAUGGUUGCACGUCUAAGCACAUUGGCUAAUAUGGGAAUGUUGAAAAGUGUUCGACGUGUUUUACAUAUUCUAUUAUAUAAUAUAAGUUUGGUACAAACACAAGCAAUCAUUGUAUCGUUUUUAGCAUCAAUUGUAACAUUAUUAGCAUUACGAAUGGAAGGCGAAUCAGAUAUUGAUCUGCCAAUAAUUGGUGAUGCAACAUUAUCAUCAUUAUCGAUCAUCAAUGCAACCACAAAUGCAAAUACAAUGCAACAACAACAACAAUUACAUUUACACGGUGAUGGUACUGCAUUAACGCGUAAAUGUUUGCUCAUUUUUUCAACAUCUUUAGCUACUGCUAAUGUUGCCUGCCUUUUAUCCACUGUGAUUAUGAUCACAUUGACUAUUGCAUUACAUUAUUAUAAUGUGAAUCCAGAUAAUUUUGUCACAGCAUUGGCUGCAUCAUUUGGUGAUAUAAUAACAUCAUUUCUUAUUGGUGUAAUUGGUGAAUUUAUCAAUGAAAGAAUCACUUAUCAACCGACAGAUAAUGAUGCCGUAUUUUUAUUGGAUUCUGUUCGUUAUCAUGAUGAUCUGCAAUCACCAAUGAUGGCUAUAUUGAUUAUAAUGUUAUUCAUUGCCAUAUUUCCAUUGUUGGCAUGGUUUUCUUGUCGUGAUGAAUCGAAUAGAAAAAUUUUACUUGGCUUAGGUGCAUGGCUACCAAUAUUAUUAUCAAUGUUGAUUGCAUUCGUCUCUGGAUUCGUGUUACGUUUUGGUGCAGUUGCAUUUAAUUUCAUGUCAUUAUUUCAACCACUUAUUAAUGGAGUUGGUGGUAAUUUGGCUGCUAUUACAACUAGUCGAUAUUCGACCGAAUUACAUAAACAAAAAGCACAGGAAACGAUUGUAACCAAUUUAGAACAUCGAUCAGCAUCGGCAUCAACUGCAUCAUCAUCAUCAUCAUCAUCAUCAUCGAAAUCACCAUUGAAAUCAGUCAUGUCAUCUACAUUGCAUAGUUUCUUACGAUUAAGCGAUAAUCGUAAUCAGAUGAUUUUACUUUACAUACUAAUGGCCAUUGCUGUACAUUUAUUCUAUGGAAUAUUAGCGCCUGCUAUUCAUACAUCGGAUCAUCAUCACAUUACAUGGUUAUUCUACAUGUUUUAUAUUCCAGCAACUAUUCUACAGGUUCUAUUAUUACUUAUAGUGACACGUUUCUUCGUCGAUUUUGUUUGGUGGUUACAUUAUGAUCCCGAUACAAGUGCUAUACCGAUACUAACAUCAUUGGGUGAUAUAUUGGGAACAGUUUUCUUAUAUAUUGUUUUCAUUUUAUUACAAUUUAUUGGUGAUCAAUCUGCCGCACCACCAUUGAAUAAUAUUGAUGAUUUAGCUACUGGCACUGUUGAUAUAGCUGCUAAUUUAAUAUCGACAACAACAACGACAUCCUUACCAACAUUAUAUGAAUUUAUAACCAAAAAUAAUGAUCCAAUCAGAAUGGCUAUUGCAUUGGUAUCAAAUGAAAAUCCGACAACAACAACAACAACAAAUACAUUUAUACGACAUUUGAUGAUGAAUCCGACAACACCAACAGCUAUUUGAAUCAUAAUGAUGAUGAUGAUGAAAAUUGAUAUAGAUUGAUUGUUUAUGUGAUAUUGAUGGAUUGAAUUUCAAUUUUGAUUUUAUUUUCAAUUCUGAUUGAUUGAUUGAUUGAUAUAUCUAUUUUUUUUUGAUUGAUUAUAGAUUGAUAAUGCCUUUUUUUU